AUGGGCGAUAUCGCAACGUUACAAGAUGCCCACCCGGUGCGCCGUCCACCGGCCGGUGCGCAUGAGAAACGAGACCCCGACAAUGCUGAACUUUUUGGAGAUGAUCCAACUCCCUCAUCCGCUGAAGAUGGUCUAGAAGAAAAGCCACCAGAUGAUGUUCCACCAGAUGGUGGUUAUGGCUGGUCGUACGGCGUGUUUCUAUCCCACUAUCUUUCGAACGAAAUAUUUCCCAACAUGAGUCCACUCGCGUACGCUUUUACCGGCGGCUUAAGCAUGUCUUGCGCGCUCUUAAUAUCCCCUCUCGUUACAUAUCUAAUACAUCUUUUCGGUCAUCGCAUAAUCCUGAACGUAGGCAUUUGCGUCCAAACCAUUUCGUUUAUUGCAGCUUCCUUCGCCACACAGCAAUGGCACUUGUUUCUCAGCCAGGGCGUAUGUUUCGGUCUGGGAAUGGGCUUUAUUUUCAUCGGUUCUGUUGGGAUCACUCCACAAUGGUUCUUGAAGAAACGAAGUGUUGCCAAUUCCAUUGCUGCCGCUGGCUCUGGCAUUGGCGGAUUAGCGUACUCCUUGGGUGCAGGUGCCAUGAUUCCCCGUCUCGGGCUGGGAUGGGCAUUUCGUGUUCUUGGAAUAACCACGUUCUGCAUCAAUUUAGUAGCAUGCAACCUACUGAGAGAUCGGAAUAAGGCUAUAGGAAGCCGCUACCGGGCAUUCCAUCUACCGCUGCUCAAACGGCCAGAAUUCCUUCUCCUCCAACUUUGGGGCGGUUUCAGUUUACUUGGCUACGUUGUCCUUCUCUUCAGUCUCCCCAAUUUUGCCCUCUCCAUUGGCCUUUCUGCACAUCAAGGGAGUAUUGUCGGCGCCCUGCUCAAUUUGGGCCAAGGCCUUGGCCGACCGGUAGUUGGCCUUAUCAGCGACCGUUUCGGUCGAAUCAAUAUGGCCACAUUCUUUACUUUUGUCUGUGGCCUACUUUGCUUCGCGGUUUGGAUCCCAUCUUUCAACAUGGGAGUGCUAUCCUUCUUCGCCAUAAUUGUGGGCACCGUUGCUGGCACAUUUUGGGCAACUGCCGCGCCAGUGUGCGCAGAAGUUAUUGGCAUGCAGGAAUUGCCCGCCGGGCUUAGUAUCACUUGGGUCCUCCUAGUGCCACCGACCACCGUGUCAGAGCCAAUCGCCGUCCUACUUAAGGACGAUUCAAAAAAUAACUGGGUUUAUCUCUACGCACAAAUCUUCGCUGGUCUGGUAUAUGUUGCUGCUGGCAUUAGCUUAUGGCUCGUCCGGGGCUGGAAAAUCGGUGACAGAGAGAUCGCGGCACAGAAGAGGGAAGCAACCCUUGCACUCGGUAAUACGCGAACCGUGAAAGGAGGCCCUGUGGAAAAAGUCCCUGAUGGUAUCGCAAUAAAUUCUCCUCACCACCUAGUUGCCGCCGUAUCGACUGAGAUCGACACUCGCAUUUGGUCUCCAUUCUGCUUGCUCCGCAGAAUGCUAGCCCGAAGCCAUGUCUAA